UCACCCCCCGUCACCCACCCAGAAGGCCCCCCUCAAAACCCGCCCCCAAAUCUCACGCCCGGGCUCCUCUACAACCUAAGCUUCUCGGCUUCGGCGCGCCCCGAACGGCGCCGACCGCGGAUCCCCCACCACACGCGUCCCCCACAAUUCUACGAGAGGCCCCAAGAAGCAAUUUUGCUUUUUCCGCCAACCGUCGACGAACUCAGGCUCGACAUGCUGUUUCGGCCGCUUGGCACAGCACGCCAGCAGUCGCUUACGGCAAGCCGUGCAGCAUGGGCCAGGCGCGAGCUCGAUGUGGCGUCUGCAAGGCCAGCACGAAAUUGCUGCAAUACUCUCGUUCUGCUUCGUGAAGGGUGAGCACGAGGUGGUGGAGGCGAAUCUGCAUGGGCGUGCAGCGUUGAUCGUCGAAGGCGGGCAUCCCGCUGCCCGCACGCCGUUAUUCAGCUCAGGCGGCCCUAGCCACGGAGAUGCGAUACCGAGUGUCGCGUUGACAGGUACAUCCGACGUGGCUGACCGGCGGGGGGAGGCUGAUGUACCUUUUUCUGCGUGUUGGAGGGAGGUGGGGUCAGGUGGAUUCACGUCUCGGCAAGCCCUCACAAGCUUUUGCCCGCCGGGAUACCCGCUUCGAGCGAUGGUGCAGCGACUGGCGUCGCGAGAAGAGGCUGCUUUGGCCAGUCAGGUUCGCGGGAGCGUCGUGGUGGGCGGAUCUGCUUUGCUUACAGGACCAAGGACGGGGGCGAUGUGCGGGAAUGUAUGCACGUAGAUGCAGGCAGAUACGUCGUGUAUCAACUAGUAUAACUUUUCUGCAUUUGCGGGAACCGCCAUCAUCUCCUCCACCGGACUUGCCUCCUACGGUAGGCGUGUAUGUAAAGCGAGAGUGACGAGAAAAAACGAGAUGCAGCUUGUGUUGAAGGAGAAAGAAAAGAA